AAAGGCGUGACACGGCCUCUGCGUCAUUAACCAUCGUUAAAAUGGGCAGAAACGGAAAAUACGACAAAAUCCCGUAUUCCGGCCUGAUUUAACGUAUCACAGCGGAGGGAUCAUUAGACAGACACUCAGGGAAAUACUCUUUUAAGGUUUCGACCACAAGUUUGGGCAUCUUUACGAACUGUUUGACAAUACAGAGCAACACUGUCGGUCGCCUGGAUCCUUUUUUUGACGUAACGUUUACUGUGAAGUAUUCACAGCCCAGAUUUAAAUAAUCAAAGGAAGCAGAUCAACUUCACUUCAGCGAUCAGAGAACCUGGUGUGAUCGAUUGACCAAACCGAGCUUUUAAAUCCACUUCGGGAAUGGGGCUGCUAUUCGCCAAACUGAUGACUGUGUUCGGAGACAGAGAACACAAAGUCAUUAUUGUUGGUUUGGACAAUGCCGGAAAGACCACCAUCCUCUACCAGUUUUUAACAAAAGAAGCCGUGCAGACUUCUCCCACAAUUGGCAGCAAUGUAGAGGAAAUUGCAGUAAAGAAAACACGCUUCCUCGUCUGGGACAUUGGUGGUCAGGAGAGUCUCAGAGCUACCUGGAACUCAUAUUAUUGUAAUACAGAGAUUGUCAUCCUGGUUGUUGAUAGCACUGAUCGAGAACGCCUGACUGUAACUAAAGAGGAACUUCAUCACAUGCUUGCACAUGAGGAACUGCAGAACGCAUCCGUGCUAGUUUUGGCGAAUAAGCAGGACAUGAAGAACAGCAUGUCUGCUGCAGAGAUCUCUCAGAGUCUGACUCUCGGCUCGCUCAGCGAUCACUCCUGGCAUGUCCAGGCCUGCUGCGCCCUCACUGGAGAAGGUUUACCAGCCAGUCUAGAUUGGAUGCGCUCCCGUGUUGUGGCGAAUUAGUCCAGCAACAGUCCUUCUCAAACCUCUGAAACUGCUGAAAGAGAGAUAAGGCCCACUUAAGACUUUGAUCCAGCUAUCAGUGCCUCUGUCUGAGUAAUCUUCAAAUACUGAAUCCCGGAGGAAUGCACUUCAUCCACUUACUCUGGAUACCAGAACAAGCCUGGAGACUCUUUCUGUGUGUGUGUGUGUGUGUGUAAACAUUUGUGUUUGUACAUGAUGUGACUCCGUUCUAGAGGUCCAUGUGUUUACAUUACAGACCUCUGAAAUGAUCUGACCUGAUCAUGAUGUGUCGGUGCCACUGUAUUGACCUCUGGAUGUGCUGACCGCUCCACUUCUCGCGUGGAGUUGUUGUCUACAGUCAUCCAUCUGAAAGGGGUGGGGUGAUGGUUCACAUACCCGUACUGAUUCACGAUGAGCCGCUAAGCUAUUGAACAAGCAUUACUUGAAGUAUUUAAAGGGAAUUGAUUUGUAUAUGUUGUACAGAUGUGUGCAUGCAGAAUGGAACAUGUUCGAGUAUUUUUAUUUUAUUUUAUUAAGUAAACUGGAUGUUCAUAGUAUGUUUUCUUAUAUAAUUUUGUACAAAAACAUUUUGUACAAAUAAAAAAGCUACUAAAACACA